GCUGGUGACACCCGCAGCUCCUCAGACGUUAACAUUCUGUGUAAUGACUCUGCUGAACCCUGUGGCCAGGACCCUUCUGAAGAGGGGCUGUUUGAGGAGGUUCCCGUGGUGUUUGAGGACGUGGCGGUGUAUUUCACCCGGGAGGAGUGGGCCGCGCUAGGCAAGCGGCAGAAGGAGCUGUACAGAGACGUGAUGCGGACGAAUUACGAGCUCUUGGCGUCGCUGGGGCCUGCUGCCGCCAAACCAGACUUGAUCUCAAAACUGGAGCGGAGAGCUGCACCCUGGAUCAAGGACCCAGACGGACCAAAGUGGGGGAAAGGCCGUCCUCCAGGGAAGAAGACGACGGUGGCCAUUAGAGAGGCACACACACAGGCCUCAGCCGUAGACUCUACACUGCUUCCUGCUCCUGCCAUGGGGACGUGCACCUCCUACUGCAGUCCCAGCCUUUGUGCAGCAGAAGCAGAUGGACGGGGGAAAAUCAAGAGGACUUACAGACCCCGCUCGAUUCAGAGGUCGUGGUUUGGGCAGUUCCCGUGGCUAGUAAUUGACCCCAAAGAGGCCAAACUCUUCUGCUCAGCUUGCAAAGACAGACCUAGUCUUCACGACAGAUCAUCCCGGUUAGUCCGAGGUUACACGGGUCCUUUUAAAGUGGAGACUUUAAAGUACCAUGAAGUCAGCAAAGCACACAAGCUCUGUGUCAACACCCUGGAUGUCAAGGAAGACAGCCCGCAGGCCGCCCUCGUCCCCGAGAUCUCCAGUGACCUGAUGGCCGGCAUGGAGCACUUUUUCAAUGCCGCCUAUUCCAUCGCGUACCACUCGAGGCCCCUGAACGACUUUGAGAAGAUCCUGCAACUCCUCCAAAGCACCGGGACCGUGAUUCUGGGCAAGUACCGCAAUCGCACCGCCUGCACUCAGUUCAUCAAAUACAUCGCCGAGACCCUGAGGAAGGAGAUCCUCGAGGAUGUCCGGAGCUCCCCGUGCGUGGGCGUGUUGCUGGACGGCGCCACGGACACCUCCGGCCAGUCCUGUGUGGGCAUUUACAUCCGCUACUUUAAGGGGACGGAGGUGAAGGAGUCUUACAUCACUCUGGCCCCACUCUACAGCGAGACGGUGGAUGGGUACUUUGAGACCAUCAUCUCUGCCCUGGACGAACUGGACAUCCCCUUCCGGAAGCCUGGCUGGGUGGUGGGCCUGGGGAUGGACGGCUCCAGCAGGCUGAGCUGCAGAGGGGGUCUGGUGGCGAAGCUCCAGGACAUCGUCCCCCGGCUGCUGCCCGUGCAUUGUGUGGCCCACCGGCUACACGUGGCCGUGCUUGACGCCUGCGGAGGCAUCGACCUGGUCAAGAAGUGUGAGCGGCACGUCCGCACCGUCUUCAAGUUCUACCAGUCCUCCGGCAAAAGGCUGCAUGAGCUGCAGGAAGGCGCGGGCCCGCUGGGGCAGGAAAUCAUCCGCCUGAGGGACCUGCACGCCGUCAGGUGGGUGGCCAGCAAGAGGCGCACGCUGGACGCGCUCAUCGUGAGCUGGCCCGCCCUGGCCAGGCACCUCCAGAGCGUGGCGGAAGCAGGUGGCCAGGCCGGGCACAGGGCCAAAGGCGUGCUGAAGCUGAUGAAGGGCUUCCAUUUCGUCAAGUUCUGCCACUUCCUCUUGGACUUCCUGAGCAUCUACAGGCCUGUGUCCGAAGUGUGCCAGAAGGAGAUCGUGCCGAUUACGGAGGUGAACUCCACGCUCGGACGGGCCUACGUAGCCCUGGAGACCCUCCGCCACCAGGCAGGACCCAAAGAGGAAGAGUUCAAUGCUGGCUUCAGGGAUGGGCGGCUCCACGGCAUCUUCUUGGACAGAAUGGAGACGGCAGAACAGCGGUUCCAGGCGGACAGGGAGAGAACGAUCCUGACUGGGAUCGAAUACCUCCAGCAAAGGUUUGACGUGGACCGUCCCCCGCAGCUCAAGAACAUGGAGGUGUUUGACGCCAUGGCUUGGCCAAGCGGCAUGGAACUGGCCGGUUUCGGGAAUGAUGAUAUUCUUGCCCUGGCCAGAUACUUUGAACGCUCACUGCCCCCAGGAUACAGUGAGGAAGCACUGCUGGAGGAGUGGCUGGGCCUGAAAGCCGUCGCCGAGAACCUGCCGUUCUCCACGCUGUGCAGGAGCGCCCUGGCCCAGCACCGCCGCUUCCCCCUGCUCAGCAGGCUCGUGGCGGUGGUGGUCUGUGUGCCCGUCUCCACCUCCUGCUGUGAGCGCGGAUUCAGUGCCAUGAACCGGAUCCGGACCGACGAGAGGACCAAGCUCUCCAGCGAGGUGCUGAACAUGCUCCUGAUGACAGCGGUGAACGGCGUGGCGGUCACAGAGUACAACCCCCAGCCCGCCAUCCAGCACUGGUACCUGACCUCCUCGGGCCGCCGUUUCAGCCACGUCUACACCUGUGCCCGGGUGCCAGCCCGCUCCCACACAAGGGCGGGGCUCAGGAAGGAGAAGAUGGGAGCGCUCCGCCUGGAGGAGGCCGUGACCCGGAAGCCGCCCAUCCCGUCCUAUGGGGAACCCAUGGAGGUCCUGACGGACUGCAUCCUAGAGCCGCGCCACGGACUCCUGUGUCCCCACCCCAGCCAAGAGUCCCUGGGCUGUCCUGAUAAAGCGCUCCUGGCCUUCCUUUAGGAUGAGGCAAGCUGAACCCCUUGGCACAGAGCAAUCAAGAAAGGUUAUGCUCCUGCAGCUCCCAGACAGGGGAGGAGUGUUUCCCUGGAGGGGGCCUGGCGAUUUCCACCAGUCGCAGCCCUUGUGUUGUGCUGAGCCCGGGUUUUCUACGGAGCAGAGCGGACAGGACAAGUUGGCACUCGGGGGGCUCGGGAUCCUGUCCCAGCUCUGCUGCAGGCAGUGGUUCGACCAUGAUUAAUCCCUUCCUCUUUUCUGUGCCUUGGUGUCCCUCUCCAUGAAGUGGCAGUAGAGAAUCCAAGUGCCCGCUGGUGCCCCAGCUGCCACAGGACUGAUGGAUGACAGCGCCUCCAGCUCUGAAAGGCGGCCCUCAGGCUGCAGAGUGGACUUGGCUGCCUUCAGCCCUCGUCCUUGUCCCUUGCCACCAACGUCCUUAUUAUGGGAAGAGGUGCUCUCUCAACAUGCCCUCGGCAUAAUGGUCUAGUCCACUCUUCCCAAAGUUGCCCUGGGGACCAGCCUGGGGAUCACUAGGGGUGUCUGUUUGAAUCUGUUUCACCCCAGACCCACCUGAUCAGGUCCCCGGGAGUGUUUCCAGCAAGGCCCCCCGGAACUUCGUGGGCUCACUCAAGUGUGAGAACCAC